AUGAUUGAUGCACCCGGAAGCAAGGCUAACAGCAAAGCAGGAACGAGCACUUCAACCUGUAGUGCUGGAGCAAUAAGGGCUCGCCUACAGCUCGAGAGACUUGAGGCCCAGAAGGCUUUGGCGAUGAAGCGUAUAGAGUUGGAGCGCCGGGAGCACGAGCGGAAGAUGGAGCAAGAGAAGCAGAAAAAGGAAGCAGAGUUUGAGCGGAGGCAAUUGCAGCUAGAGCAGGCGGUAAUGAACGAGUCAUUCCGUUUGAGAGAGGUGAUUGACCUAGGUGGGGAAGGCGAUGAAGACAACCGGAGUGUCGCCUCAGUGCAGAGUUCCUUCAGCAAGGUACAGCAGUGGAAGGCCGCCCAUUCGACGUUGGUUGUCCCGACGGAGAAGGCUCCAGCUAUUGGUACGAGUAACGCGACGACCGCAACUGGAAUACAAGCUAGGCGGGACGGCAUGCAGCAACCAACUAGCAUUAACGAGGGUAUUCUAGAAGCAGCGUUGGCAGGUAUUUCGUUAGGGCAGUCAGGGUUUGAGCCAACGUUAGGGGGUAUUAUCGGUCGAGCCGAAAGCACAACAGCGCCAAUAGUUGGUAGAGGUCAGGCUAACAUUUUCUCGGUUACCUCCGCGCUCGCCAGGCCUAGCAAAGGCAUCGCAAAUGUAAUCCCCAAGCAGCAUGCUUUCCAAAACUAUCCCUUUCCUCUCACCCAGCCUCCUCCAGCAGGCAAUUCGUUUAUCAUUCCGCGAGUUGGUAAUCCGAAUUUUGCAAUCGCCGCGCAAUCGACCGCAGUGAAUAGAGAUAGUGCAGGCCCGAUUAGAGGUCCAGUGACAGUGGAAGAAUUACUGGGAGGAGAGUAUUCCCAGUCGUACGCCGGCCAACCGUUACCGUCUGUGAUCCCCACUGAGCAAAGGUUUUCGAGAAGGCAGACGGUGCCACCAGGAAUCCAAUUGGGACCGCAGGAGCAACCACGGUUUGCGGAGUUCCAGGCUGGUGCGCAGCAACCUCCGUUGCAAGACGAGCAGGCGUAUUGGGGACCGACACCGCGACAAUUGGCGGCAAGACACGUGAUGAACAAGGAGUUGCCAAUCUUUUCUGGUAAUCCGGAGGACUGGCCGCUAUUCAUUAGCUCGUACGUUAACUCUACUCAGACGUGCGGGUUUUCGAACGAGGAAAAUUUGGCGAGGUUGCAACGGUGUUUGAAGGGGCACGCACUUGAAUCGGUGCGGAGUCGACUGUUGCUACCGGCGAGCGUCCCAAAUGUUUUAGCUACGCUGGAGAUACUUUAUGGUAGACCGGAAUUGUUGAUCCAUGCGUUGUUGCAGAGGAUCCGAGGGGUGCCUGCGCCAAAACAGGAAAGACUAGACACGCUAAUCGGUUUCGGUAUGGCGGUGCAGAAUUUUUGUGAUCAUCUGGAAGCCGGGAGGCAUGAAGCGCAUCUCAACAAUCCGAUGCUACUGUUCGAGUUGGUAGAGAAGCUUCCAGCACAUAUGAAACUGGACUGGUCGCUAUACAAGCAGCGCUGCGGGGAAGUGAACCUGCGUUCUUUCUCGCAGUAUAUGCAGACGCUCGUGCGAGCGGCAUCCGACGUGACCGUGAACUACGAUCCUAGGCCGCAACCUGUACAGCAGCAGCGAAUAGUGAAGGAGAAGAACGGAAAGGACAAAAACUUCUGCGGAACUCACUCAAUGGAGGAUUCUUCUUUGAUGGCGACGAACAAAGAAGCAUCUGGCGUUACGAUGCGCCCAUCAAGCCCAGCGUGUUUCAUUUGCAAAAACUCGGGGCAUCGGGUAAAAGACUGCUCAGAGUUCGACAAGAAAACGGUCGAUGAACGCUGGGAGACAAUACAGAAACUCGGCUUGUGUCGGCUCUGUCUUGGAGCACACGGAAGGCGCCCCUGCAAGAAUCGCAAGCAAUGCGAUAUCGACGGAUGUCAACGGCGUCACCACCCUUUGCUGCACUCCAAACGGGACACAAAUGAAGCCCAGCAGGCCAGGGAAAACGGAAAGACGCCAGGAAAUGGCUGUAAGAAGUUUGGGAACGACGGAAAUUCGGCGAAGAAUGGGUCCAGGCAAGAAUCGAGUGAAGCUAAGACAAGUAGUUCCAAAGCGGUCACCAACCAUCAUUCCGCUGGGAAGACUACGCUUUUUCGUAUUAUUCCAGUGACUUUGUAUGGGAACAAUCGAUCUGUGUCCGUGUAUGCUUUCUUGGACGACGGCUCGGAGAGAACGCUGAUUGACGAAGAGUUGGUAAAGGACCUUGGGGUUGUAGGAGAUCCGCAACCAUUGUGCUUGCAGUGGACGGCGAACGUGAAGAGGUCAGAAGCUAAUUCUCAACGGGUCGCAUUGGAAAUAGCAGGACGGUCAGGGGCAUCCAAACAUUCUUUGUCGGACGUGCGCACCGUAAGAAAGCUGGACUUACCACGACAAUCCUUGCGGUACGCGGAACUCGCAGAAACCUUUCCGUACCUAAAGGGCCUACCGAUCGAUGAUUACGAUCAAGCGGUACCGCGCAUCCUCAUCGGAAACGACAACGCUCACGUUACAUCGACACUCAAGCUACGAGAUGGCCGACCGGGAGAGCCGAUAGCAGCAAAAUCACGUUUGGGAUGGACGGUUUAUGGAUCCAACCAGGACAAGUCAGGGGAUAUCGUUCAUAGUUUCCACAUAUGCGAGUGCCAGGAGGCCGAGCAAACCCUACAUGAGCUCGUGGAGAAGUUUUUCUCAGUCGAGAGUCUGGGUAUAAUGGAAGUCGCCCAUCCUGAGUCCGCGGAAACUCAACGAGCAAAUCGGAUCCUGAUGGAAACUACUAAGCGGGUCGGACAGCGAUUCGAAACUGGGCUUCUCUGGAAGUACGAUAGCUUCGAGUUCCCGGACAGCUACCAGAUGGCGGUUCGACGACUGCAGUGUUUGGAAAGGCGUAUGCAGAGGGAUUUACUCAUCGGCGAAAGUGUGAGGAGACAGCUUUCUGAGUAUCAAGCGAAAGGGUACAUACACAAAGCGACCCGGAAGGAGCUCGAUGAUUCAGAUCCACGGCGUACGUGGUACUUACCUUUAGGAGUGGUCAUCAAUCCCAAGAAGCCGUCCAAGGUUCGUAUCUUCUGCGAUGCAGCGGCCAAAGUGGAUGGAGUCGCACUCAACACGAUGCUGUUGAAAGGGCCGGAUCUGCUAAAUACGUUGCUCAAUGUUCUAUACGGAUUCCGGGAGAAACGGGUCGCUCUGUGCGCGGAUCUGAAGGAGAUGUUUCACCAGAUUCGGAUUCGACGAGAAGAUCGACAUGCGCAACGACUGCUUUGGCGAGAUGAUCCUAUACAAGCCCCCGAUGUGUAUUUGAUGGACGUCGCAACGUUUGGUGCAACGUGUUCACCGUGUUCGGCACAAUUCGUGAAGAAUUUGAACGCUAAGGAGCAUUCAAGACAGUAUCCAGUUGCAGCCGACGCAAUUAUCCGGAAGCACUACGUGGAUGACUACUUGGACAGCGCUGACGACGUUGACGAAGCGGUGAAGCUGGCACAUGAAGUCAAACUGGUCCAUUCUCUCGGCGGAUUCCAUCUGCGGAACUGGCUUUCAAAUUCCACCGAGGUUCUCGCACGGGUCGGGGAGAGAGACCCAGUCACAGAAAAGUGUCUCCAGCUGGACAAGAACAGUUCAACCGAACGCGUGCUCGGGAUGUACUGGAAGCCGGUCGACGAUGUCUUCACGUUUACAACGACGCUAGCGGUGGGUGCGGAGCAUCCAACUAAGCGCCAGGCACUGCGAGUAGUGAUGAGCCCAUUCGAUCCGGCAGGAUUGUUGUGUUUUUUCCUCAUACACGGCAAGGUACUAAUCCAGGAGCUGUGGAGGGCGAAGACGACAUGGGAUCAACUAAUUCCGGAGGAGUUACUUGGGAAGUGGAUGCGGUGGACGAGUUUGUUCAAACAUCUGGACCAGAUUAGCAUUCCGCGUUGCUACUUUCCGCAACGUUCGGUGAAAGAUAUCUUGUCGCUGCAACUGCAUAUCUACGUGGAUGCUAGCGAAGAAGCUUAUGCGUGUGUCGCUUACUUUCGGGCGGUAUUUCCGGAUGGGAUUUCUGUUGCGUUAGUCGGUGGGAAAUCCAAGGUGGCUCCACUGAAGGCACACUCCAUCCCACGGUUGGAGUUGAUGGCAGCGGUAAUCGGAGUACGCUUGAUGAAGACCAUCCUCACUGGGCACUCGCUCGUAGUCGAGAAGACAGUGUUAUGGUGUGACUCUAAGACGGUGCUGGCUUGGAUAAAUUCAGAUCAUCGAAGAUAUCGCCAGUUCGUAGCUUGCCGAGUAGGUGAGAUUUUGUCCAAGUCGGAGGCGAAGCAAUGGCGUUGGAUAUCAUCGAGAAAGAACGUCGCCGACGAUGCGACAAAGUGGGGAAAAGGGCCGUGUUUGUCCUCAGGCGGCCGUUGGUUCCGUGGUGACAACGAUUUAUAUUUGCCAGAAGAUCAAUGGACCAUAGAUGCAGAUUCAGUCGGCGCGACGACCGAUGAAGAGCUGAGGUCGUGUUUGGUGCACAAGGAGGUUAUCGUACCGCCACAACUUGUGAGGUGGGAGCGAUUCUCGAAACUGACGCAUUUGUAUCGAUCGGUAGCACAUGUUCAUCGCUACGUACAAAAUCUACGGCGAACGGUAAAACGAGAGACUCGACUGGACGGACCACUCACUCAAGAGGAAUUAGCAACAGCCGAAACCACAAUCUUUCGUUGGGUGCAGUGUGAGCAGUAUCCGGACGAGGUGGCGACUUUGUCAGUAAUGCGGGACAAGCAGCCAAAACAACAGGCGCGGCUGGAGAAAACCAGCAAAAUAUACAAACUGUCUCCGUACUUGGACGAAGCAGGUGUUAUUCGUUCUGAUGGAAGGAUAUCUGCUGCGACCGUCGCCGCGUUUGACACUAAGUUUCCAGUAAUAUUGCCGAAAGCCCAUCCAGUGACUAGACUGCUGGUUGAAUGGUACCACCAACGAUUUCUUCACGCCAAUGGCGAGACUGUCGUGAACGAAGUGAGACAGCGUUUCCACAUAUCGCAGCUGCGCCCGUUCGUGCGUAAGGUGGCUAAAGAGUGCGCCUUGUGUAAAGUCAAGAAGCCAAGUCUGGCGACACCCCGAAUGGCUCCACUCCCGGCGGCCAGGUUGCAGGCGUACGUACGUCCAUUUUCCUACGUAGGCGUCGACUAUUUCGGGCCGAUCGGCGUGCGGGUGAACCGAAGUAUUGCAAAACGAUGGGUAGCUCUGUUCACGUAUGGCGAUCAGGCGUUUCAUCGGACGCAGAGGAGCACCUGUGGAGAUCCGCAGCGACAGGGGCACACAUUUCGUGGGAUCGAGCAACGAACUUAA